AUGUAUUUCCAUUUCCCUAGUAAGCUUCACCGUGAUACACUGUUUGAGUGCUGCAGUGCUGUACUGCAAGGUGCCAAGGACAAGAAAAGAAAGUUUACGGAAACUGUUGAGCUGCAGAUCAGCUUAAAGAAUUAUGAUCCUCAGAAGGAUAAGCGCUUCAGUGGAACGGUAAAGCUCAAGUAUAUUCCACGACCCAAACUUAAGGUUUGUAUUCUGGGUGAUGCAUCUCACUGUGACGAGGCCAAGGCAAAUGACAUCCCUUGCAUGGAUGUUGAAGCUUUAAAGAAGCUAAACAAAAACAAGAAACUGGUCAAAAAGCUUGGUAAGAGUUUUUCUUUUCUGGUUUCACAAUCACAGGAUAUACCCUCCUCUUUGGCAUGUAAAUUUUCACACUAAGCUGUGACAGUGCACUAUAGUUGGUGAAUCAUUUGUUGUUAACGUGGUUUUCUGGAACAUUGAUCAUCUUAUUAAGGUGAUCCCCAUUUGAGAAAGCAUAUUAUUGUUUUGCAAUCAAUGUAGAGCAUACUGUUUUGAGUAACUACAGAAUAAAAGGCAACUCAUGACAUCCUUGUUUGCUUUUGAAAUAUUUAAAGAGGAAGGCAAUUUCUUUAUGCUAUGCUUUACAUGCAGUUAAGGGGCCAAGUAUUCUCUAAAUUUGCGAAAAACUAUUUCAUUGCAUUCACAGCACUUAGUGAAGCGCCAUGCACUUACAUCAUUCCUCUUUUCUAGCCAAGAAAUAUGAUGCUUUCCUGGCUUCAGACAGUCUAAUCAGGCAGAUUCCUCGUAUUCUUGGUCCUGGUCUGAACAAGGCUGGCAAAUUUCCCACAGCGCUGACGCAUAAUGACAACAUGGUGCAGAAGGUGGAGGAAGUGCGCUCAACAAUAAAGUUUCAGAUGAAGAAGGUAGGAUAUUCACCAGAAAUAAGGCACAGUGCUCAAAGAAACCAGGGAAUUUGUAAAGUUGGUAUGGCAUAUGUGUACAAUGUACAGUAAAAGUCACAGCCUUCAGGAUGCUUGUAGUUAUGUCUUCACUGCUUACAGUGUACUUUAAUUAAUAAAAAUAUACAAGUCAUUUGUUUAUCUUUGUGUUCCCCACUCAAGAAACUAUAAAUGGGAAUGGGUACAAGCUUUUGGUACAACGAUUUCUGGGAUCAUGGGCAAGUGUUAGUUUUGAUUGGUUGAUGGUGUCUUAGGCAACCAUUAACCAGCCAUAAGUAACGCUUGUCCACUCAAAGCAUUCCAGAAUUUGUGUCACCGAAAGCUCGUACCAUAAUUUCGGGAGUGGGGAACUGUGGAUGACAUCGUUCAGCAGGUAUUGUCAAAUUCCAGAAUAAAGCACAAUAGAAAACUUAAUUGUAAGAGUCAAUCUUGUAUUAAUUUCUUUUGAGCACUGGUAAGGCCUUAUUUUCUGGAAGACCAGAUAACUGUUUGUUCAUCUGGUCGGACCUGCACCCAGGGUCUUAAAUCCAUGGGGAGACUUUUAUAGUCAACAAGUAUCACUCUUGGCAAAGCUUGGUUGAUAACAUCAGCAUUUAUUUUAGUUGAGACAUGAUAUAUACCUCGGUGUCACAUGAGGUGCACCUGGCUCCAAACUAGUAGUAGUCAGUAGUAUUAUGGGAUGCUGGGAAUUUUUACUUCCUGAGAUUUGGAAUCCAGAACUCAGCCCAAGGAAUCCCAAAUCCCACUAAUGACUGAAAGCCAGAAUCAAAGUUCUACGGACAAAUUUGAAAUUCAGAAUCAAAUACUGUCUUGGAUUAUCUUACGUAGAGUCCUAAAAUGACGAUGUCAUCAACGUUAAAUUUUUGAAAUUAUGGAGUUUGUUGAGAUAUUUUGAAAGAACCACAUCUGAAAGGCCUACUUGCCCAAAACUAGCAUUGUGGGGCAAAUUGUCCCAGAGAUACUAGUCCCAUGUUGCUCUGAUGACUCCCUACAAAUCCUUCUAAAUUUGACUCGGUUCCUAAUGUUAUGAACUGAGUCAUACUUAGAAGGAUUUAUAUGGAGUCAUCAGAGCAUAACUGCGCUGAUAUGUCAAAGGCAAUUUGCCCUGGAAUGCUAAUUUUUGGCAAAUAGGCCUUUUGGAUGUUGUUCUUUCGUAAAACCCCCAAAAAUCCCAUAAUUUAACAAAGUUAAUGUUUUACGACGUCACACUUUAAGACUCUAUUGGGAUAUGUGAUAAUUUUUCUGGUAUGCUCCUGUAAAAUGAUGACCUUGUCAGACACAAGUAUGUCUCUCCUAAAAAGAUAAAUAAUUUGUGGAUGGGCUUAUUAAUGUGACCCUGUAGUAAGUACAUGCAUAAUUAUGUUCCAUGCUACAAUGGUACAUUGACUCAAACUGGUACAGAAAUUAUCUUCUGUUUUGGGUACAGUGGCAUAUGCUGUAGUGUCCUGAUGUAACUGAUCAUUACUGCAUUACUUGCAGGUUUUGUGUCUUGCUGUGGCCAUUGGUCAUGUUGAGAUGUCCCAUGAUGAACUUGUGGCAAAUGUCUAUCUUGCUGUCAACUUCUUGGUGUCCCUGUUGAAGAAGAACUGGCAGAAUGUACGUGCUCUCUAUAUCAAGAGCACAAUGGGAAAGCCUCAGCGUUUGUAUUAG